ACAAGAACAACGCCAUACCAUCCAACAGGAAACCCAGUGGAGCGUUUCAAUAGGACACUCCUCCAGAUGUUAGGCACGCUGGAAAACAAGAACAAGUCACACUGGAAGGAUUUUGUGAAGCCGAUGGUACAUGCAUACAAUUGCACAAAGAACGAUGUGACUGGAUUCUCCCCAUAUGAACUCAUGUUCUGGGAGACAACCUCGUCUACCAGUCGACCUAGCUUUUGGGCUACCAGCCAUCAAGCCACCCAAGUCACAUUCCCAAUAUGUGCACGAUCUAAGAAGUCGGUUGGAGGAAAGCUACAAAGUUGCCACCAAGAACGCCUUAAAGAUAGCAGACCGUAACAAACGGAGAUUUGACAAAAGAGUCGUCGAUUCAACGCUUGAAACUGGCGACCGCGUUCUGGUGCGAAACGUAAGGAUAAGAGGGAAACACAAGUUAGCCGACAGAUGGGAGUCUGACGUGCAUGUAGUGGUCAAACGAGCUGGUGACCUCCCUGUGUACACAGUCCGACCAGAGAACAAAGAUGGGCCUCUCCGGACCUUGCACCGUGACUUGUUGUUACCCUGUGGUUUCUUACCUGUGUCCAUGCCUGAUGAACCAGUUACACCAAAAGCAGUCCGCAGGCCUCGAACACGGAGAAGCAUUGACAUCCAAAAUGCUGAAGACCCUGUGGAUACAACAUAUUUCUCGGAUUUAGAGGAUGAGGCAGUGCAUCACGACACUACCAGAAUGAGAGUGGAGUUUGAAACAAGGAUCCUGUCAAACACAGGACCAGUGCCGUUGGUAGAGAGGAAAUCAACCCAUGAGACGCCGCACAAUGUAGUUGUGCCAGUCGAGAUGCACCCUGUUCCAGUUGAACCUGCACGAGACCACUUACCUGAAGUGGAACCUGAAAGAGAGAACCUACGUGAAGUGGAACCUGAAAAAGAGAACUCACCUGAAGCCAAACCUGCAAGUGAAGGUUCACCUGAAGUUUCUGAGGGAGUGUCUGAACAGAGAACUGUGAUUCAAGAAUCUCCCAAACUUCCAGAAUUUGCUUCAAACAAAGUAAAAAUAACUCUGCCUGUUCAUGUGACUGAGUGUGACGCUGAAACCCCUCCAAGCAACAUUGAAAGGAAGAAUGAUCAGCCCAAUGAAGUGAAUGGCACUGCCGGACGUUCCCUCAGGUCGAACCCAGCACAGCCAGACAGACUACACUAUCGUGAGCUUGGGAAUCCUCUGACUCUAGUCAUCCAGACACUGUUGCAGAGCCUUAGUGUAGCCUUCACUGCCUCAUUAAAUGGCCCUAAUUCGGCUAUCAGUCCCCAUUUCAGCUUGCCCGAGAAUCCCACCUUAAGUGACCAGUCACACACUUAGAUGCAACGGGACUUGCAUAAGUUCAGGAGGGCAGGAUGUAACCCAGGGUUACAUGACACCGUUUAAUUUAAUUCGAUUUAAAUCACAACCCCUUUUAAAAGUUUGUUACUAACCAGUAAGAAAUACAUGGCUUGUGUAUUGUCGUUCUAAAUAGUGCCACAGAAUGAGAUAAAGAUGUAUAUUGGGAAAAUAUUGCAAAUGAAUGCAUUUAAAUUAUUGAAUCUAAAUAGUAUGGUGUGAUUUGUUAAACCACCUGUAACUCAACAAAGUCGCAUGGCAACUGGUUUGGCUUAGUUAGCCAAUCAGAAAUUAGACCCGCCUCUUUUUAGCGUCAGCAGAUAGCAGUUACGCAGAUUCGUCCUUUUCGGGACGAGCCACAGAUGAGAUUCGACGAUAGACUACCGUUUUUUAAUAGUAACCUAAAGAACAGAGAUUCCCCCGCCACUAAAAGUCCCGAAAAGCCUGUGCAGUAAAUCGAAACCCUUGGCCGGGUUUUUUGUGUGGAUCGAAAAAAGAUAUUGAACCCUGGAACGUCUGUAUCCUGCUCGCCCUCCCUAUGGUCCCGCAGCGGUGUGCAGACUGGCGAGCUACCCCAUCAGAGCGAUCCUAUUGGACCACGAACAAUAAGGCAAAUUCUAAUUGUUUCUGCAGCAGUGUAGGGACAAGAGACUGAAUUAUUUAGAUAUUGUAAAUAGGCUGAUCUAAUAUUUUUACUGUGUUUUAUUAGUGUAAUUGAAAUGUGUUAUUUAGGGAUGUUUUAAGUAUUCAGAGGUAUUUUGAAACCUGGUUAAGUUUUAUUUGAAAGGGUUGACUCUUUUGGUGACCUAAAAUAAGAGUGUAAAUAAGAAAGGUAUUUGUGAUCAUUUUAAUCUUUUCCACAUUUUAUUUUAAAUCAAUUUAGGUAUAAUUGUUCCGUUUAUCAUUUUUCCUACUUAAAUAUAUAAAACCAAAAGGUAAGAGAGAAAAAGAACAGCUUUGAAAAUUCUCUUACCUUUGAAAUAUAUAUCUCUUGUUUCAGUGUGUCAUUUCUGGUGCAGACAGUUACCAUAUCUCUCCUUAACGAACCUUAGAAUCUUCUGGUAUUCUAGCCCAUACAUUGAUUAUUGAUUGUAA